AUCGAUGUUUCGUCCCCAAUCCGACAGUCACCGCUUUCUCAGUUCCUACAAACGUAGAUGUCUGUUUCUGUUUGCAAAAAUCAAACCUAUUACAACAAUUUGUACUGACAAGUAACGUCACUGCAUUUUAUGAGUUGAUACUCAGUAUGUAAAAUGGAGAAUAGGCGAAAUAUGAAUAUAAUUGGGGCACAAGAUAGUAUUAUUAUGAAGUCCUUUGAACAAAAACAGCGAUCUAGGAGCCGUAACGACAUUAAUGCUCGUCGUCUGAAAAACCGGGAACGUCAACGUAGAUAUAGGGCCAGGAAACGCCUAGAAGCGGAUAUGAAGAAGUCUUCUUUGAGAAACCAACCAACUACACCAGAAGGAGAACCACAACUAAAUGGUAAUCAUGAGAAUUGCAUAACCCGUGUUCAUUGCAAACGAAAUUGGAAAAAGGAUGCACGAAGAGCUCAUGCAUGUAAAAAUCUUGAAGAAGUACCCAAUGCAGCAAUUAUUUCUGAUCUGAACUCCAGUAGUGAAAGUCUAAAACACUUUCUGGGCCCUGGAGUAGCAGUAGAACCACCAAUAGAGAGGAACAACCAUUCUGAAAAUUCUCUUAGCUUGGCAAGUGACAUGAAAGCCAAGCUUGGUAAAAGAGAUUGGAAAGCUGAAGCAAGAAAAAAGAAAAACUGAAUUGAUAUUUUACCAAUUUGGGUGGAAGGAAUAUCCCAAAGAUACAAAUAGAUUGGUGCAUAAUGACUGUAAAAGGUUCAAGUUGUAAUGAUGAAAGUUGUAUGCUGAUUUGAUUGGUUCAAAACGUUUUGACAUAGGUAGGAAUUCCUAUUGCAGAUAUAGAAGGUCAUCGAAGAACACAGCCGAUAGAUUAACUGCUUGAUACGAUCAGUUUUCAUCGCAGGGGGCAGAACAUUGAUAUUGGAAGAUAAUCUCAGGAUUCACAGCCGCCUUAUUUGUCAAGGUCUGGUCAAUUGUUUUAAGAUGUGAUAUUAAAGAUAGGAGCAUUGCUGGCAAAUUGAUUUUAAACUUUGGCGAUUAAAAGGUAAUGUUUGUUUAUUUUGUGUAUCUGGAAGAGGAUAUGAGUUUUCUAUUUAAGGUUAUUUUCGAAAAAUAUUACUCAGUUA